CUCGCCUCCUGUAGCGUGUCAGCGCAUGUUUUUAUGCCAAAUAAUUCUUAAUUUUGUUCGUUAAUUCUCCAAAAUCGGCGAAGUGGCAGAGUAUGUGUGUUUUUCGGUUCGGUGAGUGAUCAAAUGCUUUAGUAAUCGGCAAAUUUUCCUGAUAGUGUGAAUUUCAAGUUGUCAGCCUCUCCUUCUAUUAUCAUCGUGUUCUUAUCAGUCAUCUCGGCAGAACUUCAGAAACAAGGACUACGGCCUGUCAAUCUCACUUGUUCCUUUCUGCUCCCUGAGGACAGUCAUUUUCACUGCUUGGAAAUGGUGAAGAGGAAAAGAGAGAGAGCCUCGACAAGCUCACAAAGUCGUAGUAGUUCAUCAAACAUUCCUGGAAAUAGUUCUAUAAGUGCCCCCGAAAAUGGUUCUUCAAGUGCCCCUGAAAAUGCUUUCCAUAGUUUCCCGAGCACUAGCUCACAGAGUGUCCCCACAAAUGGAAACGACUGUGACUUACCAAAACAGAUCAAACAAGAAGCUGAAGAUCCAUCCGACUUAACAAACGAAAAUUGGCAGGGUGAUAAAAAAGUACUGGCUGACAGAUUUGCCUUUAUUUUUAACUCCGAGAAAUACGCCGAUAUUAAUAUCUUUGUUGGCAAAACAGAGCAGAGGAUACCUGCUCACAAACUGAUUCUGUGUGUUGGAAGUGCUGUGCUAGAUAAUAUCUUAAGUAAAAACGGAAAAUGCGAAAUGCUGAUGAUUCCGGAUAUAGAGCCAGAUAUAUUUCUAGUUCUGCUCAAAUUCCUCUAUUCUGAUGUCUCUGCAGUCACGAUUGACAAUGUUAUGGAUGUGCUCGAUGCGGCUAAGACGUACGCUGUACCUGCUUUAGAAAAGAUCUGCCACGACUAUUUAAGAGACAAUUUAAAGGUGUCAAAUGUAUUUUUGAUACUUUCAAAGGCAGUGCAUUUUGAUGAAAAUAAAAUAAGGGAUGACUGCUUGAGCAUCAUUGAUAACGAAACUAAAGAAGCCAUAGAAUCUGACGAAUUUACGAGUAUUGAUCUGAACACUCUAUGUUUGAUACUUGAACGGAACAGCUUGAAGAUUAAGGAGUAUGAUUUACUCAGGGCCACGCUCAGAUGGUCGGAGGCUGAAUGUAACAGAAGAAAUUUGACGAUUAAUUCUGAGAAUCGUUCAUCUGUGUUGGGCAAUGCUAUUUAUCGACUGAGAUACCCUCUAUUGUCACUGGCAGAAUUCUCGUCAUGUGUCGCUAGUAGUGGGCUAUUACCAGACAAAGACUUGGUUUCCAUGUUUUUGUACUUUGCCAACAAAGCAAGCGGUGCCUUACCGCCCGCUAACUUCAUUGCUACACCGCGUUCAUCGCUUCCUUACCUUGUUGUUGAUAGGUUUGUAAAUGGCAACAGUUUCUAUGCUGUGCAUCAAUGGGAACAUGGAAGUAACUUACUGGCAUUUUCCUGUGAUUGUGAUGUGUACCUCAAUGGAAUAGGAUUGUUCGGCUCUGAUAGUUCUACAACUGAAAAAUAUAUCGUAGAGUAUUCUAUCAGUGAGGAUAUGGGUGAAUCACGCAUUGCUUCAAAACUGUUUGAAGCCGUUGAGUCGCCCUGUGACUCGGCCGGUUUACUAAAAAAAGUAGUUCCCUUUCUUCUCGAUGCGCCUCUUAAAUUGACCAAGGACCGAUGGUAUUAUAUCAAUUAUUUCCAACUGGGUCCAAAUUCACUAGUCAACGAAUCGUACACUCAACGUGAAAUUGCAGUGCCGAUUCCUGGAAUGGAUCAAAGAGUGACCUUCCAAUUUGGAGAGGAACAUGGAAUCAAGAUCCCGGAAAUAUAUUUUACUAAUAUUCCGUAAUAUCCUGUGUUCAUACUUUUCAUUUGAAUUUUUUUUCUCAAACAGUCGUAUCACUGCCUAUGAUUCUUUAUUGUAAGUAGCCUCUUGUGUAUAAUCUGCAUAUUGAUUUUGUAAAGGGAAUUUAUAAAUAUGCAGUCAAGCUCCUCUGUAAGAUAAGAUUGAGAUCAUGCUUUUUACUUUAGACUAUGCCAGUAUCUUGAUGACUAACAUUUUCCACAAUCAAAAAAAGCAUGGUCUUCCAUGGGAAGGAGAGCAUUCUCUUUUACACUCAUGCAAUUUUAUCCAGGUAUUCUUUUUGUUCUUCUUCCUUCUUUGCUGGCAAUAGUAAUUAAGGUGUUUGAAUAUUUUUUUAAGUCUGUGCAUAUCAUCGAAAAUGGUUUGGUACCUGUAUGCGUUGCUUAGUGAGACAGGAGAAACUCCAAUUUUAAGGAUUUAAAAAUCAAUUACAAAAACAGAUAGGCUUGUAAUAGGUACCCAGGAAGUUUUUUUGUUUUUGUGGACCUUCAUAUUAAAGGUGUACCCUAGCUAUUAAGAAUGUUUUUAUAUGUGUAUAUUCUGUUUUUUUUUUUUUUUUUACUUUUUUAUGUUUCAAAUAUUUUGACUUAAUAUUUUACAUUUUUCAUUCAUAAGAUCUUGGACAUUUUAAGAUUUGAUGAUUUUUUUUUACUUAGCUUUGUGCCUUGAAUUUUUUUUAAAAUUUUGAAUGCAAGUUCAAAAGAAGUCGGGUCUCUUAAAUGAUUGCUAUCUUUUAUUUGUCAGUUAACAAUAAACUGGUCGAAUUUUUGGACUAAUUUUACAAACGCACUAUUGUUCCCACUUUUUUAAAAUAAAUUUUCAAAUCCAUUUGCCAAUUCAUGUAUUUCCUAAUUAAUUGUUUGUCAGAAUUUUGUCACCUGUCAUAUUUAUCUCAAUUUUAAUUAUUACUUUUCAUAUUUAACUUUUUGUUUAUUUUCUCUCUUUAUACCUCUUUCCGUUCUUCCCAGUGUUGCACCAUGUAAAGUUAUUUUAAAAGCAAAAUCCAUGCUGAAGGAUUUCAGAUCAUGAGUAGUUGGCAAUUUUACCAAUUUAUUCCGCCUCUAGUAAUAAGAAAGUUUUUUAGCAGGAAUGUACUCACACAAAGUUUGUGAAAAAUCCAAUGUAGGUUUAUGGAUAAUUAAUUAAUCACUAAUGUAUCAGAUAGGGAAGUUUAUGUAAGAAUGUCUUUAUAACUGAAUUACAAUAUGUUUCUUUUGAGCUGUUAA